UAUAAAAAAAAAAACCCCAAACCUCCCAAUUUCUUCCUCCUCUCCCCAGUCACCAUCAAAACCCUAGAAAUUCAAAUUAUCCAAAAAUUCGCAGUUAAUUUAUUCCAAUCAACACUGAAGAAGUGAAAAUUGAAGAACCCUAACAAUUCGAUAAGUUCUGGAUUCUUGAUGGCCAUUGUUCAAUUGAUUAAGAUCCGGGAGGUAUGGUCUGAUAAUCUUGAAUCUGAGUUUUUGUUGAUUCGAUCUUUGAUCGACGAUUACUCCUACGUUGCCAUGGAUACGGAGUUUCCCGGCGUACUUUUCCGGCAAUUCGGCAGCGAAUCGCGGCCUAAGUACACUUCUCCGGGGAAACACUACUCUCUGUUGAAGCAGAACGUCGAUGCUUUGAAGAUCAUUCAAUUAGGGCUAACUUUGGUGGAUUCCAAUGGAAAUCUGCCCAAUCUCGGAAAUCCUAAGAUCGGCUACAUCUGGCAGUUUAAUUUUAAGGAUUUCGAUGUUACGACUGAUAAUCAGUCGCCGGAUUCCGUCGAGUUGUUGAGGAAUCACGGCAUCGAUUUCGCUAUGAAUUUGAAAUCUGGAGUUGACUCAGUGAAAUUCGCUGAGUUGAUGAUGUCGUCUGGUUUGGUGUGCAACGAUAAUUCAGUCACUUGGCUGACAUUUCACUGUGCUUAUGAUUUCGGCUAUCUGGUUAAAGUGUUGACUCAGUCGGAAUUGCCGAGUGAGCUCAGUGUGUUUGUUAAGCUGGUGCGCAUUUUCUUUGGAGGGAGAGUAUUUGAUGUGAAGUACAUGAUCAGGUUCUGUGAUGGCUUGUAUGGAGGAUUGGAUCGUGUUGCGAAGGCUUUGGAGGUGAAGCGAAUGGUCGGCCAGUCGCAUCAAGCCGGUUCCGAUAGCUUGCUCACAUGGGUUGUCUUCGAGAAGAUUCGAGAAAUUUUCUUCAAGAAGCCUGGCAGCAUUGACAAUUACGCUGGAAUGUUGUAUGGGUUAGAGACUUCUUAGCAAAUUCUCUUCUUUGAUCAUGCUCUAAUGUAAAUUAAUGUCUUUGGAUAUGUCGUCAUUGAUGAUAGUUUCAAGAAUAUAGUAUAGUCCAGUUUUAAUUUAAUCUGGCUUCAUUUCUUCUUUAAA